CAAGGAGAAGGACAAUCGUCACGGCCAACAACUGCUUGCACAUGAUUGCACAAUCGUAAUCUAACUCGUUUGCGUGCAUCUCGCUGUGUAAGUGUAAGUGGAUAGAUAAACAACAAUGUGAAUUGAAUUUCUAUGUCAUGUGGCCCACGAUGCCUCUUCAUCACAAUGUGGUUGCGAAGCGUUGAUUGUGGAAGCGACGGAAAUUGAAAUUGAAUGCUGCUUAGACUGUAAAAGCAUCACUAGGAAUGGAACAGCCACGUGAAAAGCGGCGUCGUAUGAAGUAUCUGGAGCCUGGUGAAGUGUUUAGUGUGCCGAGGUCUACUGUACGUGCGCGAUUACAACGGAAUGUUGACAAUGUUGGGAAUGUUUCUGGCAGCCAGUCUCAGCUUUCACACACCUCGUAUCCAAGCACGUCGAACCCGUCACCGUUCGCCCAACACUCCCAGAGCUUUGAAGGUAUACGUUCCGAAUUGGGGGCAGAAUCCGACGCGCAUUCAAGUGAAAAUGCAGAUAUGUGUGCAGAAGAUCCUAAUCGUCAGCAUACUUCUGAGAGAGUGCUCAGUGAGGGUGAUUAUGAAGGCGCUUAUGCCGAGGGACACUCCCACUCUGCCAUCCCAAGGUAUGACGAAGACCCCUUAACGGAUGCUUCCGAAGAAAUCAUAGGUGGGUUCCUUGGAGAUAUCGCAGAACGUCUUGGUGAAAGCUCGGGCGAUGAACUGCUGCAAAGCCUCAGCGAAGGCUUCACAUCUCCACAUGGAGUUGUUGAUGUUGGCUCUGUAGCAUCAAGCCUUGUCAGUGAAUUUGAAGGUGCAACACUGCCAAAUGGAACUGUGACUAAAGCAGCAGCACUUGCCUUGAUAAUGAGUUUCAUUACGUCUCAUGGAUUGACAUGGGAUGCCCUUGACAACUUACUGCGCAUCAUCAAUGUACUUUUUGGUUCUGACGUCCUACCACGAACAAAGCAUUUAAUGCGGAAGCUCUGGGCAUGCAAGCUCGAAAAUGCUCAUCAUUAUUAUUACUGUGACCUUUGCGAGUGCCUUUUAGAUAUGCAACGCGGACAUGAUACGCUCACCUGUGGCACUUGUCACACUUCGUUUACAGUUUCGGAACUGAAGGCAAAUGGACACUUUUUCAUAAUUCUUGACUUGCCCAGCCAAGUGAGACACGUCAUCACGAAGUCAUCGGACAAACUGUUUGCAAAUCUUGAACGGCUGAACCAAGAAUCUUCCAGUGACAUGUCAGACAUCAGUGAUAUCACGAAUGGAAGCAUCUACAAGACCCUGAAACGUAACGGUUCUCUAAAAUGGGGUGAUCUCACCAUGACAUUUAAUACGGAUGGCAGUCCAGUAUUUAAAUCAUCAAAGUCUUCCGUGUGGCCUCUGCAGUUCGUGAUUAAUGAGGUUCCGACUUCUGAGCGUUUCUCGAACACCUGCCUCGCUGGACUAUGGUUCGGGAAGAAACAUCCAAACAUGGCACUGUUCCUUGGAAAGUUUGUUGAUCACUUGGAGCGCAUGCCGCCACUACUUUGGUCUCACAACAACUCAACUGUAUCCUCAAACGUCUACGCAAUCUGCUGCUGCGUCGAUGCUCCUGCACGUGCUGCUGUGCAAAACCAAGUCUUGUUCAGUGGCUUCUUCAGUUGCCCUUGGUGUGUGGUUCGUGGUGAAUACGCUGAUGGUGCCGUGCGAUUUCCAAGCAGUGAGCCUGGUGAAGAGAGGGUACCAGAAAGAGUUAUACGUGAUAUGGAACUCGCUGUGGAAUGUGCAACACAAAUUAAUGGCUUCAAAGGUCCCUCUCCAUUGAUUAACCUCAGAAAUUAUGACAUUGUAUGGGGACAGGCUACAGAGUACAUGCAUUCCGUUCUGUUGGGUGUGGCAAGGCAGCUUACUGAGUACAUUCUGGACUCCUCAAACUCUACAGAACGCUUCUACAUUGGCAGUCCCAGCAGUACACAGAUCUUGAACAAGCGGUUGAAAGUGAUAAAGCCGCCACACUGCAUAACAAGACUACCUCGCUCACUAUCUGAACGUUGCCACUGGAAGGCCAAUGAGUGGAGGAAUUGGCUCCUGUACUACAGUGCUCCCUGUCUGGAUGGUGUGCUCCCUCAACGCAACUGGAGUCACUGGUGCCUGCUUGUACGUGCCAUUUGGAUGUUGAAUACUACAGUGGUCCCACAGCAAGCAAUAACAAAUUCAGAAAGCCUUCUGAAGAAGUUUGUUGAUCAGGCCCAGAGACUCUACGGCUCAAGGAUGAUGACAUUUAAUAUGCACCAGCUCUUGCACCUUCCGAGGUCCGUCAGUAAACUUGGCCCUUUGUGGGCACACUCAGCCUUUGUUUUUGAGUCUGGAAAUGGACGAGUGGUGAGCUGCAUCAAUGCUGCCAAGGGUGCCCCCCAUCAAGUUCUAGAACGUGUUGCUGUGAUGCAAGAGGUUGAGCUACUCUGUCAAAUCUUGCCUUUGCCACAAGAGGCUGAAGCUUUAUGCCAGCGGAUGCUUGGUUACCCAAGGACACAAGCAGCUACAAGAACUCAAGGUGCCAGUCUUCUUGGCCGGGGUAGACGUGUGCACAGCCUCUCAGCUGAGGAAACAAGAGCGCUUGAAAGAGUAGGCUGCUGUGUACCUGUGCACGCAACUGAGUAUCUCCGACUCAUUUAUAGCCACACUGUGUACACAAGUGAGCAGUACCGCAGAGCUAAAAGGAGCAACAGUACAGCGAUUCUGACACGCAACAGUGAUUUCUACAUCAUCAGCCGCAUACUUGAAGUUACCUCAGAAGGGCUAAAGACAUGUAUCCUGCUCUGUAAGAGACUAAUACCAACAGAAGAUGAUGUUCGUUACCCCAGCCAUAUUGUGCAGUGCUUCGUUUCUUCAAGUGGUGCUCUAGUAGCACUUCCUGUAACAGAUUUGUCUGCUGUAUGUAUGCUGCUAGAUUUUAGGCACGAUGACAGAAUGUACGUGUGCACACUAGCAAAUGACAUUGAACGUGACUGAGAGCCCUCAGUCACAUUCACUGUGACUUCACAUUUUAAGGUUCAUUUAAUUCACUGGAGGCAUAAAUUGCAGUACAACUUCUGUAUAGCGAAGCUACAUAUCUUGAAGAUAUGGAUAUUGGAAAAACGGCAAAAAAAAUAAAAAGCAGUUCAUGUGGUACUGGCUCUAGCAAAAGGAAAUUCCUGUCAAAUCAGACAACUAGACUUCUGGUUAAGUCCUUUAAAACUAACUCGCACGACAAAGCAGAACGCUAUACAAUGUCAACCUCUUCGCUAGUUCACAAAAGUUAGCACACAGUCCAAAGCUACAGUGUCACAAUCCAUAAAUUUAUUUCUGUUCACAACAUCCUUUGUACAUAAGAGCUUGAAGCUUUCUAUCAGUUGGUUUGAGUGCUGCGCAAUGUAGGAAUUCAGUUUCAUAUGCAGUGUGAAGAAAAAUUGACAUUGACAUUUUACAUGACAUGACAUUUACAUUUGACAAUUUUAUACGCAGUCUUAGAUUAGAUACUUUUUUGUAAUUAACCUUUGUUUAACAUCAUGCAUAGAGAAAUAAGGAAUUGAACCUCAGUGUGCAACAACGGGGGUAAGUCGAGAAAUCCCAAACGGCGAAUAACGUGAAUGUUUGGUAAAGUAAUUGCAGCUGAUUUUUCUUGAAUAAUGCAAAUGCAAAAUGUGUAACAUCUAUGCACACACAACUACAUGCAUGUCCUGUUAGCAUCAUUUUUGGUUGUGUAUCUUAAGAGAAACUGAACAAAAUCUGGAAGCAUCACAUAUCCCCUUUUUCCAUAUAACAGUGCACACACAUGAUUUCCAUGCAGGCAAAAAAAAAGAAACAGUUUUCUCAAGUCGGACAUUGAUGGUGAUGCCAGAUAGUGCAAAGCUGUCUUUGUGCAGUGGAGCGGCCUAGAUUGGGUGUAACAUGUUGCUAAUCGAGCAGUCUUGAAAAUAAUGUCCUACGUGGUCAGCAUAAUGUGACUUCUUGGUGCGCACGUUUUUACGAUUACAAUGAUCGGUAGCACUGACACGGUCAAAUGACAUGGUCACGUGAGGUAUAUGAAGUACAUAUGUUUUUCUAGUGGAAGUCGAAAGUUAAUUUCUGGAUCAUACCAAAAUUUAAGCUAUACCUUCUGUAUGUGUGUAAAAAAGGGGUUUCUUACCCUCCUAUAGAAAGUCAAUAAAUUGCAAUACGGUUCUAAAUUUUCUUUGACAGGUACAUACUGGUACGCUGAUGUCAUGCAACAGAUAUACUAAAAAAGGGGAUAGUCGACUUAUCCCCCUUUUUGCUUACAGAGGUUCAAUUCUUGUUAACAUCACUUGGCUGAAAGUGCUUCAUGACUAUGUCCUGUUUAUCGAAGUGGUACUUGAUAGCAUAAUAAGGUGCUCUUUUGCCAUAACUAUGACUGUACUCCAGAGUACUCCUUGCACCCCACGGCAUGCCCCGUCCCCAAUUUUGGUAUCAAGAUCAUUUAUUUCAAGUAAUAAACACAGCAGCAUGUGGCACACGGAUCAAAUGCACUACUGGCACAACAUAAUUCAAGGGCAGGGCUGCAGAACUACUUAGAGGCAAUCUCAGAAAAGCGCGUCACAAGCAGUUGGGGCAUCUGCGAUAUCGUGAUGACCUUACUUUACUUAUCAAAGAUAUGACAAGGUUAUUUGUACUACUUUGUGAAUGCAGAACACGUGCAAAUGUACGGAAACGAUUUAAGAAUAAACUUUAUUGUACUUUA